AUGUCUGACCUUUCAGGUGAACGCCAUGAGCGCGUCUACUGCCAUGCGUGUGGUGGGGUCUGGGUAAAAGAUGACGAUAGUGACGGUUUAACAUGCCGGUAUUGCGAGUCGGACUUUACGGAGAUCAUUGAAAUACCACCUGAUGAUGUUCGCCCAGAGCCCACUAUUCCAAACGCCGCGUUGGGAGAGGACAAUACGGACAAUACGGCCGAUAAUUACGGCAUGCAGUCGCUGGCCAGUCCCUAUACUUCUACAUUUACUGAUGAACGGCCUACAUAUACUCAUCACACCUACCGUUCACCCGAUGGCCGCUUUACAUUUGACACUACCACCACUACCGUACGUGGAGGCACUGCACGCGGGCUUUCUUACUCCAACCGAUCCACAAACGCCCCAGGAAAUGCUGGGGCACAGACUAGCCCUCCAUCACUUUUUCGUGCAAUACUCCAGCAGCAGAUGGAAAUGGAACCUGAACCCCGUCCCCGAGAAAAUGCUGGUACGCAAACUAACUCUCCACCACUUUAUCAUGCAAUGGUCCAACAGCAGAUGGAAAUGGAAUCUGGGUCUCGUCCCCGACCCCAUUACCUCCCACCAGACGUCUCGACAGGCUUUGAUCGCGCUCAUCUCCCAGGAGGAUCUGAAGGCAUCCCACAGCGUACCUGGGAUUACUAUCAGGUCCCUCCUGAUAACAUCCUCAGAUUUUUGAUGGGAAUGCCACUGGACAAUAAUCAGCCUGGAUCUCAAUCAACGAAUGCCCCUUGGGAUAUCCCUAUGACCCCUAUGAGGUUGCUGGCCGCAGUCAUGAAUAGGGGAAACGCAGUCUACACAGACGAGGAAAUGCAACAGGUCAUUGCAAACCUCACUGAUGAAGGACCAGUAAUUCCGGCCCCAGGUGCAUCCAGCACGGCUAUCCAGUCCCUUCCCAGGAAACGAAUGGACCGACAAAUGCUGGGCUCGGACGAAAGCUCUGAGUGUUCCAUCUGCAUGGAGAAGGUCGGCUUGGGAUCCGAAGUCACCGUGCUCCCAUGCAGUCACUGGUUCCACUUCGACUGCAUUGAACAAUGGUUGGCACAAACCAACACUUGCCCGCACUGUCGCCGGAGUAUCCCAACCUCUGACAGUGAGUAA